AAUAGCGGCUGCAUGGCGCAUCUUUAUUGACAUGGGUACUGCGACGUAUUUUAUGGUGAUACGGAAAUAUAUUUAUAGAACAUCAAGCCCUCACUGAGCGUAUGUCGAUGUCUACGGAGUUAUCGGAUUAUGCACUUCGAAAGGAAGCAGUACAACAGGGAAAUAUAAUAUUGGCAUAACCCUAAAAUUGACCAUCACCCCAAAUGCUCCAACAUCCAUUACCCCAUGAUGCUUCACAUGGACCGAGGUUAUGAUACUACAGUCUGUGUACGCCCAUUACAUGACAUCUUCGACCGACCGACAUGAACGCCAUCUCAACUCUCAACCACAAAGUGAUUGCAGACUCCGUUAGAACACAAUGGCUAGACCCUUCGAAAUCUCCGUUCCAGAUGCUCAGCUGAAUCAUCUCCAGCAAAAGUUAACAACGGCAAGUUUGCCGGAUGAACUGGACGAUGCGGAGUGGGACAUGGGUGUGCCUCUGGAUGAGAUGAGAAGGCUGGUAACUUACUGGCGCGAUGGUUUCAACUGGCGACAAAAGGAAAAAGAAUUGAAUGAGAGCUUGAAUCAAUUCCUCGUCCCUAUAACCGUCACCGGAUUCGGAGGCCUGGAUAUUCAUUGCCUGCACCACACCAGCCGAAAUCCAAACGCCGUUCCUUUACUAUUCAUCCAUGGCUGGCCUGGAAGCUUUUUGGAAGCAACGAAGCUUAUUCCAUUGUUGACCCAAGGUGACGAGACUCACCCUGCGUUCCAUUUGGUGGCGCCCUCAUUGCCGAACUUUGGCUUCUCAUCUGCAGUAAAAAAGAAAGGGUUCGGCCUAGUUCAAUAUGCGGAAGCAAUGCACAAUGUCAUGCUGGCUUUGGGCUACAAAGAUUACGUUGUACAAGGCGGUGAUUGGGGUAGUAUCAUCGCUCGUGUCAUGGCUAACCGCUACUCCGACCACGUCAAGGCCGUUCACCUGAACUUCCUACCGGUGGCCCCGCCUUAUCCAUGGCGGAAUCCCUUAGUCUUUCUUCAAUCCCUCCUCACUAUUCCCUUUUCAUCAGCCGACAAGGCUCACUUGGCAGCUACCUCGGACUAUCUGGCACAAGGGAAUGCUUACCUGCGUCAGCAGGAGACUCGUCCGCAAACGCUAGGCUACGCCCUUCAUGACAGCCCUGUGGCGUUGCUCGCCUGGAUUUACGAUAAACUGCACUCAUGGGCCGAUAGCUACCCGUGGACAGACGAUGAGAUUCUCACUUGGGUGAGCAUUUACUGCUUUUCGGUAGCAGGACCCGCGGCGUCAGUCCGGAUCUACUACGAAGCGGCACGGAAUGAUUCUUCGUCUGCUGUACCCGGAUUGUCCACCGUUGAGGCGAUCUCGAAACCCACUCCCGGUAACGUUAAACUCGCGGUGGCUCAAUUUAAGAAAGAGUUAAUCCGAGUACCUAUGUCGUGGACCGGCCUGGCUGGUUCUGUCGUGAGAGCCAAGCAAUUUGACUGCGGUGGCCAUUUUGCAGCAUGGGAGGUACCGGAGCUCCUGGCCACCGACCUGAGAAAUUUCCUGGGAAGGAAUGGGCAGGCGUACAGAGCUGUAUCUGGAAAGGACGGAUACUGACCACCUACUUAGAUAUCGAAUGCAGAUUGAACGGAGUCCUAAAAGAGUUAGGUCGUACUCAGUAGAAGAUCGAGGCCCCAGGCAUAACGCGACAGAACUAGUAGGACGGUGAACCAGUAUGCAGAGAUGUAGAAGUCUAAUUCCCUGUAGUUCCGUCCUCCAUAUAUCCUCGCUGUGCUUUGCCUCGCCUUCAUCAAUGAUAUGUAACAUUAAGUGGAGACCUUAGACGCCGAAAGCUGUUCUCAACC